GAGAGAGACCGACAGAGACAGAGAGAGAGAGAGGGUUGGAUUAGAGGACUGACAGCCACCUCAGUCAAACAGUUGAGAGAUACACGGUCACAACCUGCUGGAGGGGGCAAAACUAACGGGACCGGAAAGUCUAAAUCCAAUCCAGAUUACCUCUUAACCGGUUAGGGAGAGAGGACCACCGACCACCUCGAGACCCCGCACUGAUUAAAAAGAGGGCAGAGUUGGAGAGUAAAAUAAACAGUCCGUUUUGAACAAGAAGAAGUCAAGUUGAUCUAUCCAGCCAACCUGUACUCUGAACCAUGGAGCGCAAAAUCCCUGACUUCGCUGGUACCUGGAAGAUGAAGAGCUCGGAGAACUUCGAGGAGCUUCUCAAAGCGCUGGGUGAGUGAGAUGGUGGUGGGGAUGAUGAAGGGUAUGGUGGUAAAUAUUUGUGGUACAUAUAUCACUAACUUUAUUAUAGCCUAUUAUUAUAGCAGUUAUUUAAUUAUUACUGAUUGAAUACACUAAUACAUUGUAGGUCAGAUACGUCUCUCUCUCUCUCUCUCUCUCUCUCUCUCUCUCUCUCUCUCUCUCUCUCUCUCUCUCUCACACACACACCAUGGUUCAUGCAUGCAUUUAUUAAUCAGACAUGUGGUGCACUCUGUGCGUCGUGUGAGUGGGGGGUCUUUGUCAUUCUGACGAACCAAAACUCAAUGCUUGCCCCCCCCAGCUAGCUUCACGCUUCUCUCCCCCCUCACCUCACUGCCCCACUCCCCCAGCCAGCCUCCCCCUCCCCCACCACCCACUCCACCAGACAAUAGAGACAAACGGCGGCACAUCUGUCCGUGUCACCGCGCGGAGAAAAAUAACAUCACAGCGUGCUAGUGUGUGUGUGGGAUCGGAAGAGACAGACGCUUCAAAGAGAAGAAAGAGUUCGUUAUGACGUGACACAGUGCAGGCCGUUUGGAAUAUUAUCAGACCACAUGCCAGAAACUUUAAGAGCUGAGUUUCACUCUCAUUUAAUUCUCAAGCUCAUAGGCCUCUCUCCACACCUGCAGCAGUUUGCAUGGAAUAAAAAGACAACGCCUGUUCAUUUAUCUGGCAGGGUGUGUGUGUGUCUGUCAGUGGUUGCCAAUUUUCGUAUUUUUAUUCCAAACACAAGGGCAUACCAGGAAUACAUGUAGAUCAACACAUAAACACAUAUGGGAGGGAGCGAAAGAGAGACGCCUGUGUUCGUGCGCAAAAGUGCAAUGUGUGUCUGUGUAAUGAACUAAGUUCUAAAUGCCACCAUUGUUCCUGCCGGAAUAACCGGAGUCAGUGGCUCAUCACCGGCCGGGCGCGCGCAUUCCAAUUUCCCGGUUUGACGCACCAAUUAGCAUAAAUCUGCUCUCCUUCUUUACCCCUCAUUACCCACGCGAGGGGUGUGUGUGUGAGGGGUAGCGUGCUGAGAGAAAAAUAAGGGGGGGAGGUGGGGGCCAGAGGAUAGAAAGAGGAAAAAGGACAAAACAAAAGAAGAAAAAAAGAGAGAGAGAGAGAGACAGGCCAGGGAGAUGGUGUGUGUGUGUGUGUGUGUGUGUGUGUGUGUGUGUGGGGGGGGGGGGGUACUGUAUGUGAGGAAAGUAACUCAGACAGACAGAGAGGAGGAGAGGACAGACUGACUGGGUCUGAUGCUUUACCUGGCCUUACCUUAACACAUACACACACACACACACGCACACACACACACACAGACACAGACACAGACACUCACAGGCAGGACAUUCACAGACGCAGACAUGCACACAGACAUACUGGCAUAGUGAGGAGCAGAAAUAUUUGGCCAGACUCUCUUGAGAGAACAGAGGCAACUCUAUCUGCACACACUGGGAUGUUAAAACACACACACACACACACGGUAGUUCUCUAAUGUGCCUCUGUAUUGGCGUGACUGACAGAGAGGAAUGAUCCCAUGAUCCUUUGGGUUUCAUUAGAGGCUAUAGCGCAGCUGGACGCAACCUGUCACCACUCCUCCCUCAUCCCUCCUUCCUCUCCUCCUUCCCCCCUCCUCCUUCGUCUACCCCGUCCCAAAUGCUUCCUAUGCCCUCUGCUCUUUGACCUCUAACCCUGACCGUCUGUGGGAGUGUGUGCGGGGUGUGGGUGUGUGAGUAGUGUGUGUGUGUGUGGUCAUCUUGUAAGGCCACAGUCAGAAUUAGGCCACACACUCCUACACUUCAAACUAGUGUGUAAGACUAACACACAGAAUCACUUCAGCUAUGCUCCUUAGGUAUUCAGCCAAUAGUAUUCUGUAGAGCCAGCUCCCCUGUCUAAGUCUUGACCCAGACUCUCCCAAAUGCUCAGGACCCAGUGGUUGGUUGCAGCUGAUUGCCACUGCAGACAUUUUGGCGACUCAUGACAUUUCACAAAGGUUUCAGAGGGUCACACGAUAAACAAUGUUUUGAAACCAUUGCAAACUAGCAUAAUAGAAUGAACUUUAGCGUAGUUUGUUACAGAAUCAUUUUAAGUUCGUACGUCAACUGCCAAA